CUUUCACCCACAAAACAUCUGAUACGCAUUUUUCGUCUUUGUUUUGCGCGCGCGUGCUGAAUGAAAAUAAAAAUAAAUAGAAAAAAACGCAUCGCGAGAGAGCGAGAGAGACGGACAGCGCGAAAAGAGUGAUUACACGCACACACGCACACAGGCGGUCUGCUGACUGCUAUCGAUUUACUGUGUUGUUCGGUCGUGUUCUCCAGUCUCGGUAGUCACAGAUUUCGACGAGGGUCAACUGCGACGUGGUGUUUCGAUCGCGCACCCCCCCGUGACGUACGAGAAACACGAACAAAUCGUCGUCGUCGUCGUCACGUUUAGAUUAUAAUAUUAUAGUUGCGUAGUGUACGACGUUUGACGGUUGUCGCGAACGGCGCAGCAGAAAUCGUAUCGCGAAAAUCGAAUGGCUCGACCGCCGAAUCGCGUCAGUCGUAGACGUACAACAGCGGUGAACCGUCAAUAAAUCGCUCAUUGUAAGUGCCGUUGGUGUACACGCCGUCCUGUCGAUUAUUUUAUAAUUAUUCUAUCAUUGUUUACUGUCGGCAGACACCUUCUUUCGUGUGUUCGUCGCGUCGUUCCGUCGCCUAUCACUGAAAUUUUCGUUUGAGCAGGUAUUGCAACGCCGCUCCCCCGGAUCUGAUGUCAUCAUGAAAAGAGACUUGGCCAAGAAAUUGAUCGAACGUUAUUUCUAUCUGAUCACAGAAGGUUGUGGCAACGGCGAUUGUGUUAAUGAUUAUUGUGCAUCCAGUAAAAGAGCUUACUACACAUCACAGUAAGUCAGUUAAUUUGUGAAACACUCAUUCAACAAACCUUCUGAAUGUAUUAGUUCUUCAUAGAUCAUCGUCUAGCUGAAUUAUCAUUAAGUAACUGUUUGUGUACCAAUGUGGUGUCAGCUAAUGAUGCAGCCGCUAUCGCUAUUCAAUUAUUUCGCCUUGAUGCAAGAUUGUGUGAUCAACAUCCCAUGAAAGUAGCAAGAACCACUAAUAACCCAUCAGUGUCUGGAAAUACUUUACAUGACGCCAAUACAUCAUUAGCUUGCUGUAGCAAUACCCAAGAUACACUUUAUUUAUCACAUGAUGCUUGUGUGCAAACAAAUCCAUGUACUGUAUUCCAAGUAAAUCCAGUACAUACAACUGACUUAUCUAGAUCAUUAUCAGAUGCUCAGAUUACUCAAACCACUAGUACUUGUUCUCAGACAGAGAGUGGUGGUAGUUCAUCUUCAUUUAAAAUAGUCAGUGCCGAACCUAUGACAAAAGAACAUAGUCCAUUCAUUGCACCAAUUGAAUCCAUGGCGCAACAAGAAGGUACAUCUUCUCAAUUUUCGAAAGAAGAAGUUAAUGAAGAUGUAUCAAAACAUAAAGAUGAUCAUGCAAAUCCUCCUGAACAAAAUAAUAGUACCAAUCAUUCAACAAACAAGGAUAUUUUGGAUCGCUUAGAUGUUGCUUCAUUAGAAAUACCAGAAUGUGUUUUACAUGAGGUAGAAGACAUAAACUUAACUUUUAUGGAAACUAUGAAAAAUACUAUAAAACAUAUUGCUUCUAUUCAAAAUGGUAUUAAAUAUUUGAAUGAAACCAAUUUGAUAGAACUAACAAAACAGCAAAACGGACCAGAUCCAUGCAAAGAUAACAAUGAGUUACUAUCUGCUUUAUACCAUGUAUUCUCAACACCAGAAGCAUUGGGAAAUAGCUUUAUAAAACGCCCAUUAGAACACAAAAAAGAUUUGCUUAAAGUUCUUAAACAUACUAAGAAUUUAUCUACCAGUAUGACCAAAGAAAAAAUACGUGAAAUGGAAAUCGAAAAAGAAUUGGAUGAUAACUCAAUGGACGAAGAUGAUGAGGUAGAAGGAGAGGAAGUAUAUGGCGAAAAACAACUAGAUAUAGAAGGAUUAGCACGAGCAUAUAAAAAAAUUAAUUCCUCCAAUAACAAUGAAUUUUAUAAAAAUGUUCUAUGUUUAGCAAUUAGUUCCUUAUGUGCAAAAAUCACGGUAGAAUUACAUUAUUUUAAGUCAAAAUCAUUUCCAAUCAGUGAUAAAUAUUUAGAGGAUGUGCUACAUUCACUUAAAAUCAUCUAUCAAAUGCCAUGGUUAGAUGACUUAUCAUUUGUAGAACGUAUAGUCCCAAGGCUUGUAGCAGCUACAUGUAUACUCCCAGUUGCUGAACAAGCAAAACUUGCAAGAUUCUGGAGUGAAAUGUCAUCCGAAAACACUUUACGGCGAAUAUUACAUUGCCUCCAAGAAGCUAUAACUUUCCAACUAAUAUCUACUGAAUAUGAUGCAACUUUUCAAGAUGAGACUGCUGUUGUAUUUGCUACAAAAACUAUGAAGAUAUUAUACUAUGCGAGUAUUAUGGCUGGUGAAUGUGAUACAAAUUUUGAUAAUGAAGAUAUUAAACAGCCUGAAAAAAUAGAAAAAAAACCUGAAAAUGUAAGGGAUGAAGAUUUACUCCAAGAUAUCCUUAUUAAUACACGUCCAAAGAAUAAAACCAGUAAAACUGAUCCAUUAGCUGAAGUUUUAAAUAUAAAUAUUUUGGCCUGUCGUACCCCUUUAAUUCCUAUAUCCAAAUUUUACAAUGAGCUAUUGAGUGAUGCCUUAGAAAUGGAUGAUGAUUACCAAACUUGGAGAGAACAUGGCAAUGAAAAAUUUUCAUAUAUGUCCCAUUCAUUUAUACUUACCCCAUCCACUAAAACUCUUGGAUUGUAUUAUGAUAAUCGAAUACGUAUGUAUGAAAAUAGACGUUUCUGUCUUAUACAAACGUUAAUAGGUCAGCCUACUCAUCCUUACCUCAAACUCAAAGUAAGGAGGGAACAUGUUGUUCAGGAUGCUCUAGUUGAACUUGAAAUGGUAGCCAUGCAAAAUCCGUCAGAUCUCAAAAAACAAUUGGCGGUUGAAUUUGACGGUGAACAAGGUGUCGAUGAAGGUGGAGUCUCUAAAGAAUUCUUCCACCUCAUUGUCGAAGAAUUAUUUAACCCAGACUAUGGGAUGUUUGUGAUUAUGAACUCUGAAAGUGGAAAUCCUACUUACUGGUUUAACUCGUUCUCAUUUGAAACUGCUGCCCAAUAUUCAUUGAUUGGCCUUAUCGUUGGGUUAGCAAUUUACAAUAAUGUCAUAUUAAACAUUAAUUUACCUAUGGUUGUGUAUCGAAAGUUACUAGGCAAACGUUGUACAUUUAAUGAUCUACAAGAUUGGAAUCAGGAAUUAUACAAUGGCUUAAAGAAUUUGUUGGAUUACGAAGAAGAUGAUAUUGAAGAAAUGUUUAUGCAGACGUUUAGAAUUUGCUACAAAGAUGCAUUUGGUGAAAUAGUAUAUCAUGAUCUCAUUGAUAAUGGAGAUAAUGUUACUGUAAACCAUAUGAAUAAAAAAGAAUUUGUGGAUAAAUACGCUGAUUUCUUACUCAACGAAUCGAUCGGAGUACAGUUCAAUGCAUUUUACCGUGGAUUCCAAAACGUUAUGGAAGAAUCUCCACUACAAUACUUAUUCUGGCCCGAAGAACUUGAACAAAUAGUGUGUGGCAGCAAGGUAUUUGAUAUGUCGGAGUUAGAAGAAACUACACUUUAUGAAGGAGGGUACCACAAAGACACAGAAGUUAUUAAAUUUUUCUGGGAAUUUGCCCAUGCCCUGCCUAGAGCCUCUCAGCAAAAAUUACUACAAUUCACGACAGGAAGUGAUAGAGUUCCCGUCGGUGGUCUUGGAAAAUUAAAACUGACGAUCACGAGAAAUGGUUCGGAUUCUGACAGGUUACCUACCGCACAUACUUGUUUCAACAUCCUGUUGCUACCUGAAUACAGCAGUAAAGAUAAACUUGAUGAACGACUAUCAAAAGCUAUCAAUUACGCUGAAGGGUUUGGCAUGAUAUGAUGAAACCAGUAAGGAAAAAACACCCACCUAUGAAUUGUGCUCCAUUUAUUUGAGUGCAAUCAAAAUUUUUAGAAAUUUAUAAGUUUGUUUUCAAUUCUUGUAUAAUGUGUAUAAUAAUAAGUUGUAUUAAUUUUAUUAAAUUUAUGUUGAAUUAUUAUAA